AUGGGCGGCGGCCGCGACAUGGGUGGCGGCCACGACAUGGGUGGCGGCCACAACGGCGGCGUGAAGGGGUUCGUGUCCAACCUCGUCGGCGGCAGCGAAGGCCACGGGUACGGGUACGGCCAGCAGGGUCACGGUGGCUAUGGCAGCAGCUACGGACACGGCAGCUACGAGCAGGCUAGGGGUACGGCGGCCAUGGCCAGCAGCACGGCGGGUAUGUGCAGCAGGGGCACGACGCCUACGAGCACGGCUGCGGCGGCGGGCACGUACAGCAGCACGGCCACGGGCACGGCGGCGCGGCAGCCGUGCUCGUAG